GUCAUUCGAAUUGCAUACUAUAGUGUUCAUUUGUUAGUGAAACUACGUCUCGAAAUUCAGUACAAAAGUACGCUUUGUAGCGCGACGGCCGUCAAUUUACACGAACAUUUUAAGCGCUUUGCAUAUAAAUAAAUCGUAAAAAAUAUGACUAAAGGAUCUCAGGCUGAUGUGAAUCCAGACCUUAAGAUGGAGAGGUUAAAAUGUAAUUUCAAUAUCCAAGAAGUCACGUAUAUAUUCGAUGGCGGCAAAGACAAAACCCUACAGAGGAAAAAAAUAGAGGAUGUAGCAUUGAAUAUUGCAGCUUCAAUAGACGAGGUACCAGAAGAGUGUCUCAACCUAAAAGAGAGAUACGACAACGCAGUCAGAAAGUCCUGCGUUUACUCUAACAUUGUUAAGAAUGAGCUACUCGAAAUAACGGGAUUGGAAGCGCUAGGAACUCCGGUGCUUCGACGGACUGCAGAUGCGUUCUUCAAAGACGUGUCACCUUUCAUGUUGCACCUGGGAAUGUUCGUGCCAACCAUCAUAGGACAGUGCACGCCAGAACAGCAGGCGCACUGGCUGCCUAAAGCCUUGGAGAUGCAGAUCAUCGGCGCCUACGCACAGACAGAACUUGGUCACGGUACGUUCAUACGUGGUUUAGAGACGACUGCAACGUACGAUCCUGCCACUGAGGAGUUUAUACUGCACAGCCCCACGUUAACCUCCACCAAGUGGUGGGCAGGAGGACUUGGUAAUACUGCAAAUCACUGUAUCGUGGUUGCGCAGUUGUACACCAACGGUCAGUGUCACGGUACCCACCCGUUCAUCGUGCCUAUAAGAGACUUGGACACCCAUGAGCCCCUGCCUGGCGUGAAAGUCGGAGAUGUCGGUAUCCGUAUGGGCUUCAACACUGCUGAUAACGGGUUCCUUAGAUUUAAUCAGUAUAGGAUACCCAGAGAGAAUAUGAUGAUGAAGAACGCUAAAGUAAUGAAGGAUGGUACUUACGUAAAAGUGGCUCGCCAUGAAAAACUCACAUACGGAACAAUGGUUUUCGUUCGAGUUACCUUGGUUAUGGAAGCAGCAUUCAACUUGGCGAAAGCAGCCACCAUUGCUGUACGGUAUUCAGCAGUGAGGAGACAGUCACAACCCAAACCAGGUGAGCCGGAGCCUCAGAUCUUGGACUACCCGACGCAGCAGCACAAGCUGUUCAUCUGCAUAGCGACAGCGCAUGCGCUGCAGCUGACCGGGCUAUGGCUGUGGCGCACCUUCGAGGCCGUGCUGGCCGAUAUGAGGAAAGGCAACACUGAUUCAUUGCCAGAGUUACAUGCACUGUCAAGCUGUCUGAAGGCCGUGAGCACAUCGGACUCUGCCGCGCUAAUCGAGCAGUGUCGCUUCGCGUGCGGCGGCCACGGCUACAUGAUGUCCUCCAACCUGCCACUCCUCUACUCCUUUGUCACCGCCACCAGGACAUAUGAAGGAGAUUACACAGUUCUACUAUUGCAGACUGCCAGGUUCUUAGUGAAAGCAUGGGAGCAGGCAGAGAGUGGCAAGGUUCUAACACCGACCGUGGCUUACCUGGCAAGCGCGGCUGCCAAAGAGAAAGCUGUAUGGAGCGACUCAGCUGACGGGAUGAUACGCUCCUUCCAAGCUGUCGCUGCAGGUAAAAUAGCGGCAUGUUCUGAAAAUAUAAAGCGACUUACGAAGACUGGAAUGAGUUUAGAGGACGCCUGGCAGCUGACCACGGUCAGACUAGUUGCAGCGUCUGAGGCGCACUGCCGUGCUAUGAUCUGUCAGGCGUACUGGCAUGAAGUAACGCGGCUGACAGCUUCUUGUAGUGCCAACGUCAAGAUCAUUAUGGAACAGUUGUCAUCACUGUACCUCGUUUAUUGGGCACUGGAGUUUACAGGAGAUCUAUUGAGAUAUUCGACGAUAUGUGAAAAUGAACUGAACAAGUUGCAGCUUAGGUACGAAGAGUUACUGGCUCUCAUAAGACCGAAUGCCGUCGGAUUGGUGGACGCUUUUGACCUUAGAGACGAGAUCUUGCAUUCAACGUUGGGCGCUUACGACGGUCGAGUGUACGAGCGUCUGAUGGCAGAGGCACUGAAGAGUCCACUUAAUGAAACAUCUGUCCAGUCGAGUUUCCACAAAUACAUUAAACCAUUGGCGAAAGGAAAGCUUUAAUAAUUAAAAAAAAAUAUCGAGAUAAAUAUCGAUAAUAUAAUCGAGAAUCUGCAAUCGACUGAUAUACCAUCGUAAACUAGGAACUAGGGACUAGGUUUUGGGAAUAACUAGUAAAUUACAUAUUAAUAUUAAGUAAAUGUGAAGUAAAAAAAAAAAUUAUAUAA